UGACGCCGUAGCAGUUUGAAUUUGCGCGGCUCCGCCAUAUUGGGGAUAUCGACGAUUUUACUUCGGAUGACCUGUAUAUUGGGACAUUCUAGAGACCUUGAUUUGGAUGGAUUACUGUUCAAUGUUUAUAUCAAACCGAAAUAAAAAGAAAAUUGACUUGUGUCUUGUUGUGAUUGUUUGUUAUUGUCACAUAGCUCGUACCACACAUUAUCGUAAACUGUAAAGCCUGGAAUAUUGCAUAGAGAAAUUUAUCACUUUUGUCGUUGUUACCCUCUCGGCCAAGUGGCCUACGGCCAACUGUCCACCGCCAAAGUCAAGGCUGCCACCAAAAAAAAAGUAUAUAUAACACUGAUAUCCGCCAUCUUCGAGAUCACGAGCCAACUGAGAAAGUUCUCUAGUCUUCACGGAACUUACCCCUGAACGGUGCCCUACUAGAUUCUUCUGCCGGUUUCACUCUAUGUAAUUGUUGUGAUCUCCUUCUGCCAGCCUUUCUCUAUUCUAUCCAUUGGCUAAAACAACUGGACAAUUCAAACGAAUAUUAUCCUUCAAUUUAAUUUAAUUUUUUUCUUAUUUUAAUGGAUAAACAUUUUGACACAUGCAUUUAUUGUGAUAAUGUUAUACUUGUUCCAUAUCAAGAAAAACAUGUUAAAAGAUAUCACGGAUGGAUGAAAUCAACAGAGUUACAGCAUUUAACUGGUUCAGAGCCCCUAACUCUUGAGGAAGAAUACAAAAUGCAAAAAUCUUGGGUUGCUGAUAAAAAAAAAUGUACGUUCAUAAUUUUAGAUGAAAAGACUUUCGUUACAACUAACGAUGAAGUUGAAUCAAUGAUUGGGGAUACUAAUUUAUAUUUCAAUGAACUUUAUGAUGAUCAUUCAGCUGAGUGUGAGAUUAUGAUUGCGGAAGAAAAAGCGAGGGGCCGUAAAUUAGGCUGGCAAGCUAUUACGACCAUGCUUUAUUAUGGUAUCAAGGAACUCGGGGUUUUAAAAUAUACUGCAAAAAUAAAAAUUGAUAAUGAAAAAAGUAUAAAAAUGUUUACUAAGCUUGGAUUUGCCGAGAUCAGUCGCAGUAAGUAUUUCAAAGAAAUAACUUUAGAAAAAAAUAUUACUGACAAUUGGCUCAAUUGGCUACAAACUGAAACUUCUUGUCGAAUAUCAAAGUAUAUAAAAAAUUAACCACCGUGUCAAUGAUAUUUCAAAAAAUUUCGUUUCAAUUGUAUGAAAAUUAAAUUAAUAAAUGUGAUAAUUUUUCAGAAAUAUUACAAUU